AAGCACGGGCUGCCCAGAUGCGAGCUUAGAGCGGAGACUGGGCGCUGAGGACCUGCUUGCUCGCUGCUCCCAUCCCGCCGCCUCAUCCCGCGUGCUCCACUCCUCUCCCCUCCACCGAGCCGUCCUCCCGGCGCCAUGCAUCCCGCGCGCCCCGCGCUCUGGGCGGCUGCGCUCACCGCCCUCACUCUGCUCCGCGGACCGCCAGUGGCGCGGGCCGGCGCGGGCGCGGUGGGCGCGGGCCCCGUGGUGCGCUGCGAACCGUGCGACGCGCGUGCGCUGGCCCAGUGCGCGCCUCCGCCCACCGCGCCCGCGUGCACGGAGCUGGUGCGAGAGCCCGGCUGCGGCUGCUGCCUGACUUGCGCGCUGCACGAAGGCGACGCGUGCGGCGUCUACACGGAGCGCUGUGGCACCGGCCUCCGCUGCCAGCCGCGACCCGCGGAGCAGUACCCGCUGAAGGCGCUGCUGAAUGGCCGCGGGUUCUGCGCCAACGCCAGCGCCGCCGGCAGCCUGAGCUCCUACCUCCCCUCCCAACCUGCUCCAGGAAACGCCAGUGAGUCUGAGGAGGACCACAAUGCUGGGAGUGUGGAAAGCCAGGUUGUCCCCAGCACACACCGAGUGACUGAAUCCAAGUUCCAUCCACUCCAUUCAAAGAUGGAUGUCAUCAAAAAAAGCCAUGCUAGGGAGAGCCAGCGCUACAAAGUUGACUAUGAGUCUCAGAGCACAGACACCCAGAACUUCUCCUCUGAGUCUAAGCGGGAGACAGAAUACGGUCCCUGCCGCAGAGAAAUGGAGGACACACUGAAUCAUCUGAAGUUCCUCAAUGUGCUGAGUCCCAGAGGUGUCCACAUCCCAAACUGUGACAAGAAGGGGUUCUAUAAGAAGAAGCAGUGCCGCCCUUCCAAAGGCAGAAAGCGUGGCUUCUGCUGGUGUGUGGACAAGUACGGGCAGCCCUUGCCAGGCUAUGACACCAAGGGGAAAGAUGACGUGCAUUGCCUCAGCGUGCAGAGCCAGUAGAUGCCGCUGUGCCACGUAAGCCAAAGUUAGAGUGGAGCUCAGAUACGCCUUAUUUUGCACAAAAGACUGCCAACAACGUGAUCAGCAGCUGGCUACAGCCUUGAUUUAUAUUUCUUUCUCUUUUUUUUUCUUUUUGUGGUGAACUGAGUUAAAACAAACAAACAAAAAAACACAAACACACACACACAAAAACCAAAGUUUAGACAGAUUUCUGAAAUGCCUCUGGUUGUUUAAAUAGUGAACUUCCUACUUCCCAGUAGUCAACAAAAAAGCAGUUUGAAUUUUCCUGUUGCUUCCUAUGAAAAUCACUCGUGUACUCCAGGCAACGGAUGCCAUCUCCCCGCUAACUUACCCACCCAGUGCGGGCUUCAGUGCUGCUGGCCCUCUGCCUUCUUGAUUUCAGAGGUUCUGUGGCUGACGUAGACAAAUCCUCUUUCCAUCCCCUGUAAAUAAGUGCAGGCCCUAUGGAGAAUGGGGAAACCCAUAACCGAGUGACCCAGACAUCCGGAAGCAGACUCCUGAGGCUCAUGGUCCUUUUGGUGCCAUCUCUGAUAAAGGGCCUGGCCCGUAUCUGCAAGUGGCCUGAUCUACUUGGAAACUGUGGGAGAGAAUGUGUGUUGCCUCUCUUACUAAACAUGACUGAGAAUGUUCUAGGGCACUCUGGGAGCCCAUAAAGACAAGGACAAGGACCUUCCUUUGUCAGGCAGCUUCCUGAUGACUUGGCCCAGCAGAAGGCCCCAAGUGGGAGGAGCAAUAUCAGACUCCAUGUUCAGAGAUGUCACAAAUAAUGGUGCACUUAGUUCUUCGGAUGACUUCAAAAAGCAGUGUUUUCUGGUCCAACCUCUCAAAAAGUUUGCUGUGGGGUGAAGCUGAGGGGAGGCAGCUUUUCAAAAAAAAAAAACCAGAUGAUUUAUUUUCAUCUUCCUAUCUAAACAGGAAA